GUAGAACAGCCUCCACUCUACAAAUGGCUGAUGACUGGAACUCUUAUCACUAGCCCGACAUACAACACGGACAUAAAUAAGACUUGCACCCGAGGAAUAUUACACCAUGUCGUGUAGGAGGACCAUGUGUCAUCUUCUAUUGCGCCGUCUGGCGUCCAGCGUAGCGGCUGUCCGUCCAUUGGCCACCGACUUGCAAGUACAGCGCAGCGCGGUGUUCUCCCGUGAACAGGCUCGGCAACGCGCCCUGUAUCCCCGCACGGAGAAGAUAGAGGUGACCCUGCAAGGACAUGGUCUGCAAGGGACCCUGCUGGUCAUGAACAAGGGAAUGUCUACUCCACACAGUUGUGCACGGCAUUUGACAGAGUGGCAUGUCACCAACUCUGCCCUGGCGCUGGUGGAUGGGGCGCCCUGGCCCCUGCACCAGCCCCUCACCCAGUCCUGCGCCCUUUCCCUGCUCACCUUCAAAGACUCCGACCCCCAGCUUGUCAACCAGGCGUACUGGAGGUCAUGUGCAGGCCUGCUGGGCCAGGUGCUGGAGGAUGCCUUUAAGGAAGACUUCACGGUGGAGCUGCUCCCAAUCCUAGAGGUGCCAGUGACGGCAGGAGCGUUCUGUUGUGAUGUGGUGCUGGAUCCACAGUUAGACUCAUGGGAACCCAAUGAGGAGUCUCUGAGGUCCCUGACCCGGGGAGUCCAGCAGCUGAUCCACCGGGACCUGCCCUGGGAACCUCUGGAGGUGGCGCCCUCUGUAGCCCUGGAGGUCUUCUCCCACAGCAGGUGUAAACAGGAGGAGGUGGAGGAGAAGGCAGCGCAGAGCGAUAGAGGCACAGUGACACUUUACAGGUGUGGGGACCAUGUGCUGUUGACUGGGGGCCCCCUAGUGGCGAGGACAGGUCUAUGCUCCCAGUACGAGGUGACGGCCGCCCACACUCUGGGAAAGGGUCCCUGGGGUCUCCAGCGCCGUGUGCAGGGGCUCUCGCUGCCCCUACAGCUACAGGCUCAUCACACAGUCUGGAGGAAGCUUAGAAGUCGAGCUGAGAAACUGCUUAAAGUGCCUACAGGAUCAACCAAUAAAGCAGCUCCAGAUAUGCUGUCCCCACCCCCUUCUGCUGUGACUCCACCCCCUGCCACUGAGACACUGACCCCGGCAGCCAACAACUAAAACAUAUCUCUGCACAUCAUACAUACUUGCAUAUCUUUGUUGUAUUUGUUCAAUAAAUUUAAACUAAACUCAU